AACAUGCUCCAAUGACGCACAGCGACCGCUCUCUCUGGGUGGUGUUUUCUCUCUGCGCAGUGUUUUGGGAAACGCAUGAUCCAUCUUCGACUGUUGAAGGAAAGAUGCAUCGUUAAAACACUCGUAAACCUACAUUCGGGAAACCGGGCCCAGGUUAGGUGUACGUGUAUCACCUUUCAGUUCAAGAAACGGGUUUCUCUAUUUGUCCCAAUGUAUGUAUAGUUUUUCCUUGUGGUGUAUCCGUAGUUGGUGAUACGCAUUGUGAAGAAGAAUGUUGAUGUUGUUGAAGAGGAAGACUCAGUGGUAAACAAACUCCAAAUCGUGUAAUUUGCUUGUCCUGGCUGGAGACUGAGUGAAGGAUCAUGGGUAACACAGGUGACCGGAUGUCCGGUGAUCGCCAUGGCGCUAAGGCCCAUCGAUCAGACAGCAGAGGCAGCGACAAAGACCAUGAGCCCAGCAAGAUGGUGGACAGCACAGACGAUCCUAACAUCUUCAACACACACGGACUGGGGUCCUCCAAGGCGUCGGACAAGGAGGAGCCUGACCUGGAUGACUUGGUGAAGACAGGGCCUCAGUCCAGACCUACAGUCAUCCGCUGGGCCGGAGGAGGGAAGGAGGUCUACAUCGCGGGCUCCUUCAACAACUGGGGCAACAAGAUCCCCCUCAAUAAGAGCCACAAUGACUUUGUAGCGAUCCUGGACUUGCCAGAGGGAGAGCACCAGUACAAGUUCUUUGUGGACGGACAGUGGGUCCAUGACCCCUCAGAGCCAGUGGUGACCAGCCAGUUGGGCACCAUCAACAACCUGAUCGAGGUGAAGCAGUCGGACUUUGAGGUGUUCGAUGCUCUGCAGGUGGACUCUCUGGAGUCUACCGACACCUCAGAUCUGUCCAGCUCCCCUCCAGGGCCCUAUGGACAGGAGCAGUACAUGUUUAGGCCUGAGGAACGCUUCAAAGCCCCGCCCAUCCUCCCCCCACACCUCCUCCAAGUCAUCCUCAACAAGGACACCAACAUCUCUUGCGACCCAGCCUUGCUGCCUGAACCCAACCACGUGAUGCUCAACCACCUUUAUGCUCUCUCAAUAAAGGAUGGCGUGAUGGUGCUCAGUGCGACUCACAGAUAUAAGAAGAAGUACGUCACAUCUCUGCUCUACAAGCCCAUCUAACCUGUCUGUGUAGGUGCAGAGUGCUAUAGAGGGCGGCAUGUUAACACUGUACUGGGUUUAACCAUCGUGUAGCUGAGAUUGCACUAAACUAACAGUUUACUGAUGAGACUGGGGGCAAAUCUCAAAGGACACCCUUUUCCUUGUCCAGUGACCUACAGGGCUCCACAAAGGGCUCAAAGUAAUGCACUCGAUGGGGAAUAGGGUUUCAUUUGAGUCUCAGCGUGUGACCCUCACAAGGGAAAAUACUUAGCAUUCACAGUUUGAUAGCGAUAAGAAAAGGGACUGAGAAGGAGACUACUGUGUGUGUUUGUGUGGAGCACUUCUUUGCAUGUGGGCGUGUAGAAAGAACAUUUAGUUCCAUUAAAAACAUGACGGUUUGAAGAAAAGUCCUGAUGGAACUUGGAAAUGCAUAUAAUCAAGAUGAUGUUUUAUUAAAUGAGCUUUUAAAAGAUAUGAACACGGAAAGAGGGCCGUUGAAUGUCGCUGGCUUGGAUUAUGGUCCCAUUCUUUCUCCAUAUUAUUACUGUAGUUGGACAUGACUGGAGUAACUUCCUGGUUUGGUCCCAAUGGGUCGAUGACCACUAAUCGAACCAUGAUAUGCAAUUGGAUAGGCUGUAAAUUGAACUGAAUUAUAAUGAAGUCAAAGUAUAACAAAGGAUGGGAAUGAUAUCGUAUAGCCCGUUUCAGCCUAUCACACUGGCCAAAUCAACUUUGUUUCCACGUCAUUUCAAUGUUAGGACGUCUGUGCUCAUUGGGAUAUGAUUCACACUUUUGAAAAAUGGGAAAAUCCCUUUAAACUACGAGCUAGCUAAUAGCAAGCUGGGAGUGAUUGAGUUUUUCGGGAUGAAUCAAAAGUAUAUUAACGAGGGGUUCUCGUUGGGUAAUGUUGGGCCGUGGCUGUAGACCUGUGCUUUAUGUCUUUUAUGUCACGGUGAUGCAAGCACUUGAGUUACCCAUCCAUGUGUCUCCAACAAAUGCUUUAAGCAGGACUGUUGACAUAAGCUUUUAACUAUGCAGGUAUACGGAAAAAUAUUGCACAGUAGCUUUAUGUUGGACCUCGGUGUCCAAGCUGCAUUUUCUAGGCCUAGAUACAGAAAUGGCUGUGCUACGUGUCUCUCUAGCCCAUUUUCUAUUUAUCCAAUAGGAAUCUAUUUGUCUGUGUGCCAUAUUUAUAGCUUACACUCCCAAAUACUGGUUUGUCUUGAAUGUUGUGGAGCAAUUGAAUGUCUAGUACGAACAGUUUACUGUAGAAUAUGUGGUGGAUUUUAUGGAUUUCAAUCAAGAUUCAAAAUGUCAUUCUGUAAAGUAUAAAAUGGCCAAUAUGGAUUUCAAUCAAGAUUCAAAAUGUCAUUCAGUAAAGUAUAAAAUGGCCAAUAUGGAUUUCAAUCAAGAUUCAAAAUGUCAUUCAGUAAAGUAUAAAAUGGCCAAUAUGGAUUUCAAUCAAGAUUCAAAAUGUCAUUCAGUAAAGUAUAAAAUGGCCAAUAUGGAUUUCAAUCAAGAUUCAAAAUGUCAUUCAGUAAAGUAUAAAAUGGCCAAUAUGGAAUGUGGAAAAGCGUAAUUUACUUUCAUCAAGAUUGUUACAUUUGAGUGUUCUGUGAAUCAAACUUCACAUUUUUGACCAUACACCAUUUCAUAUUUGUACGUUGUAAGAGUACUGUACCUGUUGCUUGUGAUACCAGUAAUCAAUGUGGGCUGAUAUGUAGGUAUAUACUCCAAAGAGAAUAUAAAUAUAUAUAUGAGAUUUUAUUUGAAAAACUGAGUAAAGAAAUGAUUACUGAAAGCCAUAGCUCACUCUGAGACGAUACACUGCAACACCUUCCUAAUAUUGAGUUACACCUCGCUUUGCCCUCAGCCUCAAUUCGUCAGGGCAGGGCCAUGGACUCUACAAGCUGUCAAGUGUUCCACAGGGAUGCUGGCCCAUGUCGACUCCAAUGCUUCUCACAGUUGUGUAAAGUUGGCUGGAUGUCCUUUGGGUGGUGGACCAUUCUUGAUACACACAGGAAACCUCUGAGCGUGUAAAACCCAGCAGCGUUGCAGUUCUUGACACACUAAAACCGGUGUGCCUGGCACCUACUACCAUACCCAGCUCAAAGCUACUUAAAUAUUUUGUCAGACCCAUUCACCCUCUGAAUGGCACACAUACACAAUGUCUCAAGGCUUACAAAUCCACCUUUAACCGGUCUCCUCCCCUUCACCUACACUGAUUUGAAGUGGAUUUAAUAAGGGAUUAUAGCUUUCACCUGGAUUCACCUGGUCAGUUUGUCAUGGAAAGAGCAGGUGUUCCUAAUGUUUUGUACACUCAGUGAACGAUAUGUGAUAUUCUGGAACUUGAUUAGGUAAAAACAAAACUUGAAUUUUAAAUCUGUUAGCUAACAUGUUUUUGUUCUUCUCCAAAAUGCUUUGCAGCAUCAUUGUAAGCCAAGUACUGUAGAAGGUUGUUUCAGUUUGCAAAUAAAAAGGGGAGACAUGUUGACUCUAAAGUAUCA